ACAAAAUGUGUUGAUCAUAUCACAUUUAGUCCAUAAAAAAAUAACUUAUUUGUUAGAUUUUAAAUUAGCACUUUUUAAAGUGCUACUGCAAUCAGUUACGUAAAGUUUUUGAAUUUUCAACGGUUUACGUUCUUCUAAUGCCUUGAAUCCUAAAAAAAUAUUAACAAAAGUAUCAAAUUUGAAUGAUCAGGGUUUAAGCUGAGUACUAAACUCUAAUAUUUAUGAUAUAAAUCCUAUUAUUACAUGAUGUCUGAAUAAAAUUUGUUUUAUAAUUAGCUAAGUGUUUAAAAUUUAAUUUCCAAUCAUUUUAUACAAUUUACUCAAUGAAGAAAAAGUUGGUUUAAAAUUGAAAAUCUGUUGUAUUUGUAUUGUGACUGUGUUGUAAAAAAUGUACAAUUAAACUGUAAAUUAAUAGGAAAUAUAAAUUGAGUACCACAAUGGCGACAAGGUGGAGUAGUGAGUAUAAAAUUAUAGAAAUAAGGGAUAUCCAAGCUAGAACAGUGGCUGUGGAUUAUUCAGGUUCUAUUGUUUUAUUAGCGGGUCGGAAGCAAUAUGGUAUCAAAGAAAUAAACAAACCUACUAGUAUGCUACAUAAAUUUCCUAAAUCAUGUAAAUAUGAUAUUCAUGCUAUAGAAUGGAAUCCAAAUUAUUUUAAUAAGCAUAUUUGUGCUUUGGCCUUUAAUACUCAAUUACAGUUACUUGUAUGGAAAAAUGAUAAUGACUUAGUAUCAUCUUCAAAAUUGAAUUGUCAUACAAGAACAGUUUUAGACAUAAAUUGGCAUCCUUUUGAUCCUAAUACAAUAAUAUCAGCUUCUAUGGACUCGUUUGUACAUAUUUGGGAUAUACGAACAUGUGCUAGACCAUCAAUAUCUCUUUCCACUGUAGUUGGAGCUUCAAAAGUUCGUUGGAAUCAUUUAUCCAAACAUUUGUUAGCUACUACCCAUAAUGGUGAUAUUAAAAUAUGGGAUCAAAGAAAAGCUUCAAAUCCUAUUCAAUAUAUUUCUGCACAUUUAAAUAGUAUACAUUGCUUAGAUUGGAGUUAUACAAAUGAAAAUCAAUUAGUUACCUGUAGUCAAGAUUGCACUGUAAAAUUUUUUGAUAUUAACAAUCUUAGAAAGACAGAAAAUGUUUUAAACACUGUAACUCCAGUUUGGAGAGCAAAAUAUACCCCUUUUGGAGAUGGGAUACUUAUUGUUUUAGUGCCUCCUAUUAAGCGAGUAGAUAACAAUUUAUUAUUAUGGAAUUUAAGUGCAAUUAAUGUCCCAGUUCAUACAUUUGUUGGUCAUUCUGAUACUAUACUGGAAUUUCAGUGGUUAAAGAAUCAUGAUGACAAAACCGCCGAAUAUGAAUUGAUUACUUGGUCUAAAGAUCAAACAAUGAGAUUGUGGCAUGUUAUGCCAUUUCUUCAUGAUGUACCUAUCGAAAGUAAUGAUAGAUCAAAUAUAAACGAUUUAGAUAACUAUCGAAAUAUACAUUUCUCAGAAUCAAACAUAGUUGCAAAUAACUCUUUUAAUGGAGUAGAUGUUGUUGAUCAAGGAAUUCAAGGGAGUACUUAUAGUAUUUCUUCUCGUAAUGAUUCUUUUGACAGUGAAGAUUUUGAACUAAAAAGUGGUUCAAAUCUACAUCAGGAAUUUCUUUCGUUAAGUACUACUCCUGAAAUAAUAAUUGAGCAAAAAGAUGUUGAUAGGCGUUUAUUAGUAGCUUUGUUAAAAAUAAAUACAAAUAUUGUAUCUAUAAUAGUAUCAUUUCCAUUAGGUUAUCCGGUAAAUGUACAACCUAAUUUUCAAAUUUCUAAAUGUACAUAUGAUGCAAAUAUGAAAAAUAAAAUUUUAAAAAUUUUGUAUGAUUCUGCAUUGAAACAAGUAACAAAAAAUAUGACUUGUAUACAAUAUUGUUUCCGUGAAUUAGUUAAUAUAUUAAAAAAAUCAAAGAUUUCAUCAUUUUCAGAAAAUCAAAAUGCAGAUGAUGAUAAAAAAACAUACUCAAUAUAUUCACAAUCACCAUCACAUUUUGAUCGAACUAGUAUGUAUGCAAAUUAUCAAGAAUCUUAUAAUAUAUUACAAAGUAAAACUAUGGGUUUAAAAUUUUGUAAUAAUGGUGCAUUAUUAUGGUUUAACAGCCCGAGUACUAAAUCAGAUUAUUUUCCAACAAUACAAAAAUUUGAUACCCUGAAUAACACUAUACAGUAUCAUUCACCACAACAAACAAUUCAAUCAUAUUGGUAUAGUGGACAAAAUGCAUCUAUAGAUGAUAAUAAUAAACCUUUAAAAAAUAAUAGAAAGGAUCGUAAAUUUGAUAAACCCUUGGUUGCUAUUUAUGAUGUAUCAUGUUUAUUUCCAAUUAGUAAAGAUUUAGCAUCUAAAUAUGAGCUCAAUACUGUAGAUGUAUUUAAUACCUGUUUGAAAAAUGCUUCAAUUACAAAUAUUUUUAAAAGAAAAGAUUUAGUUCAAACUUGGACUUUGGCAGCAUAUGCAUGUAAUACAAAUUUGAAUUUAAAAAAAAAAUGUACUUCUAAUUUUGAUCAAAUAAAUCAUUGGAAAAAUCAUCCAUUCACAAUGAAUCUGAUUGACUCUCUUAUUUCACAUUAUGCUAGUCAUUCAGAUUAUCAAACAGCAGCAUUAUUAUGUUGUGUAUUUGAUCCAAAUGCUGCAUUUAAAAAUAUUGAACAGGAAACAGCCCCAACACCUAAUUAUACUCGUUCUAAUAGUUUAACAGAUGGUUUUAGUUUUUCAAGAGGACAAGAAGAAUCUACUGAAUGUUAUGAAGUUUGUGACCAUGGUCUUGUUUUUAAUGACUUAGGUUCAAAUAAAGAUAUUUAUUAUGAUGAGUAUAAAAAAACUUAUAUGGACGUACUGGAUAAUUUAGGAUUAUUAGAUCAACAAGCUAGUGUAAAAAAAUUUUUGAAACAUCAAACCCAAAAAGGUAAUACAGUUUUUUUUAAAUUUGUUGUAGAAUGUAUAAAGUGUAAGAAUAGUGUUAAAGAUGGUUAUUGUUCUCGAUGUCAGCGUUUUAAUUUAAAAUGUUCUAUUUGCAACUCAACUGUAAGAGGGGCAGCUCAUGUUUGUUUAGUAUGUGGUCAUGGUGGUCAUGCUAGCCAUUUAAUUGAAUGGUUUAGUUCAGAAUCUUCUUGUGCUAUGGCAUGUGGCUGUUGUUGUAUUUUUGAAACAAUGUCUGUGCUUCAAAUUAAACGGCAUGAUAUAAAAGAAGACUUAAUUUGAGUUGAAAUUAUGUACAUUUUAACCAAAAUAUAUUGCCUUUUUAUAGUUCCUUAAAAUAUAAUUUUUAGUUAAUAAAGUAAAUAUAGGUUAUUAAUUAAUUUGAGACUAUUUUUAAGACAUUUUAAUUGUUGUUUUUAAAAAUUAAUUUGUAAUAUUUUGUUGAUUAAUGUAUUUUUAUAGCAGAAAUUAUUUCUACACAGUUAUUAUAUGAAAAUAUAAUCAUAAAAUCAAUUUUUUUCUCACUAAAAUUUCUUAUAUUUAAUUAAGAAAAUCUAUAUUUUAAUACUAUGCUAAAAGUCCUUAAUACGUCUGGCAUAAAAUGUCGUAUUGCAGUACUAGUCAAAACUGUUGGCUAUUAAAAUUUAUAAAUUAUUUUAAACAGAAGACAGUGACAGAUAAAAUAUUUUGGAAUAUUUAACUAUAACUUUGAUAUUUUGUAAACUUUUUAGAAUAUUAAAUUUGAAAUCAAUAUUCCAUAAGGCCAGCUCCAUGAAUAAUCUA